AAGGACAUUAAAGGAGAUGACGGCAGCGUAUACUCAUACAACCCGUGCUAUCCUUUCUUCGAGGGCGGUUGUGAACAAGUCGCGGCUUGCCAGACUAACACUAUCGAGCAGUCGAGUGACAUUGGCGACCAGCAGACGGCGCAGUUUGGCGCGGGAGAUUCCGGUCUGGAAGUUGGAUACACGGCGGGUCGCGGACUGCUCACCACCACUACAGUCCAACUGGAAUGUGACACACAUGCAUGCACACCCAUAAUGACUGCGCAGGGCGGCGGUGCUUCUGGACUUAAAUCAUAUACGCUGACAUUGAAGACGGUGUGCGCAUGUCCGGGGGCGUGUAACGAGGCCGGGCCGCUGAAGCCUUGUACAGGAGGAGGAGGGGGAGGAGGAGGGAUUAGUGGCGGAGUGGUGUUUCUCAUCAUAUUUUCUUGCCUGUUGCUCAUCUACAUCAUCGGCGGUGUUUCAUUCAUGAAAUUCGUGCGCCGCGCCGAGGGGAAGGAACUCUUGCCAAACAACGGAUUUUGGUCCAACCUGCCUGGAUACAUAAAGAGUGGAACGCUAUUCGUCAUUAGUCCAUGUAGGAAGAAAUCUGCGUCGUACAACUCCAUAUAACAGCAUACGGCGAGUGAACGCUUGACCGGCACAGGCUAAUCUGGGAAGACACUUUACGCACAUGCAAAACGCUACGUUUUCACAGAACGGUGCUCAUAUCAACAGAAGUUUCAUCAAGUGUCAUGUCAUCAAGAGUCGCGUAGAAACAUUCAAUGCGUUUUCCGUUAGUUUAAUGCCUGAUAUGUGAUUGUUUGUAUAUAUUGAACAUUUUUUGUUGAUUAUACAUUUAAAUUACCGGUAUAUAUUUUGUCAAAGAAUCGUUAUACUACUAUUGAAUUCUGCAAAGGGGUAUAUUUAAUAAUGCGAUGAGAACGAUGCUAACUGAUGAUAGCCGAUGAUAACCGAGGAUAACUGAAGGUUAACGAUGAUAGCCGAUAAUAACUGAAGGUAACCGAUGAUAAACGAAGCAAUGGAAGUACUCUUCAGAGAGAGGGGCAUUAUUAUAUUUUUGAUUGCGUUAUUAUUACAACGAGCAAGCAUUUUGUAAUUUGUUAAAUACAUUUUAAUAACCACAUACCGGUAAUAGCAGAAUUUUCGAUAAAAUAACCGUUACCAUGGCGA